GUCAUCUUUCAUUCAUCGCUGUCAGAGAAGCUUGGGUGGAUAUGGUCGGUACUUGCGGGAUCGCAUCUGCCCCGGAUCCGACGGUUUAAAAUUCCCGCGUCUGACGAAGAUGACUCGAUGUGAACUCGCUCUACUCCGUGACUCUCGCGCCUGUGUCGAGCCAUGUACUGGCCCAAUGGAGUUCCCCGGGUCUAUGCGAUCAAUGGCCCUGCAAUCCCGGUUACACCUUCCGAUGACGAUGAUUCAAUCGACCAUGAGAGCUCCACGGAGCAGGAGUUGUCGUUGAGAGAAAAUGACCCCGAGAAGCCGACGGAGACGGACUCGGCCUGGGCAGAUGAGCCCGUUGCCGGUCUCUGCGUCUCCCGGAGUGGGUUUAUGUUUGCGACGAUGACCAGCUCGUCGAUCGCCAUCUGGCAAACUAGACCCACCGCUGUUGUUGCUGCCGUUGCUCGGUCUGCCUCGUCCUUGGAGAACUAUGGGCCUAACGUAGCUCUCUUGAUGCAUCCGGAUUCGACGAUUCUCGUGGUUCAAACGCUGAAUGGAUAUCUCUUGACGUAUACGAUUGCUGUUGGCCCUACGACCCGUGUGUAUCAGCAGCAUUUCGAUCAGACCAGCUCCACCCGCCGUCAACAGCUUGCUCGCUUGGCCGCGGAGGAAGAAGCGACCGGAAUCCGAGACGUUAGCGUCCGAUUUAGGAUGGCCAUCAAGAUCGAGUCUGGGAUUGCCAAGGCCCUUGCGUUGGAUAAUGAGCUUGUCGUUGCCACGGUGAAACCGGCCGCCAUCCAGUGCAUUCGGUGGACGCCCGAUGCAGACGGCUCCCAGACCACGUCGGAGCUGCUGAGCCGGAUCCUGGGCGUGUCCAAGCGUACGUCUAUUACGGAUAUGGUGUAUGAUCGAGCUAUCAACCUGCUGGUAUGGAUCACCAACGAAGGGCAAGCGUAUGCCGUUCAGCGCACCCCAGACGGAGCCCCGGAUUCGGAAUCUCCGAAAAAGCUUUUCCAGGGACACUGCUUCCACAACCCGAAGGACGACGGCGAGAAAGCUGUAAAGGUUGCAGUCAACGCUCGAUUUUCACUUCUUACUGUCAACUGCGCCAAUGGGAACGUUCUCGUCUACACGGCCAAAGACUACAUGGGGAAUGUUCCCCUCUCACACAGUCUCCAGUUGCCAGCUUCCCCUGCUACGACUGGCAACUUGUCAUUUAUGUCCUAUUCGCCCGACGGGUAUUGUCUCUUCGCCGGCUACGAGCGUGGCUGGACAACAUGGAGUGUUUUUGGGAAGCCGGGUGGGAAUAGCUUCACGGCAGACCGGACGCUCGCCAAGUCGAACGACGAGGACUGGGUGACUGGGGUUUCCUACGGCUGCUGGAUAGGCGGGGGAGCAGAAAUCAUUCUCGCGAGCCAGGACGAUCGUCGACUGUGGAUUCUGGAGACCGCACGGAGCGCCUUGACGGGCUGUUACUCUUCUGCCAACCUGGCUCGAGGCCUCCUGCAGACCGGAACGGAGAUUAUCCUGUAUCGCGGGCACGAUCUUCCCGACAUCAUGACUAUCUCUGGGAAGGACUCGCUCUGGCAUCAUGCACAAUAUCCGCCGUCCUACCUGCAUUCUCAGUGGCCCAUCCGCUCCAGUGUCAUCUCGCAGGACGGGAGGUACGUAGCCAUUGCCGGCCGGCGUGGACUUGCACACUACAGCGUGAACAGCGGCCGCUGGAGGGUGUUUGAGGACUCCAAGAUCGAGAACUCGUUUGCUGUCCGGGGCGGCAUGUGCUGGUACGGACAUAUUUUAAUUGCCGCCAUCGACAACGAUGGAUCUUAUGAGCUUCGUUUAUAUUCGCGAGAGAUGCCUUUAAACAACCAGACCAUUUUGCACAUAGAAUACCUUCCUUCGCCGGUGGUUUUCAUCGGGCCAUCAGGCGAAGACUCCCUUCUUGUCUAUACAUACGAUAAUAUCCUCUACCACUAUAUCAUCAACUCGGCACAUUCGCGAAUCACACUGGUCCCGGUUGGUCAGAUUGCAUUCCAUGGAAUCGUGCGGGCACCGACCCGCGUGCGGGCGAUCAGCUGGAUCUUGCCCGAAGAACAGAUGCGUAACGGCGAUCCCUCCCAGGACGUCAAGGUCGCAUCGGUGCUCUUGUUAGUCGACGGUAACCUGGUUCUGUUGCAGCCAUCGAUGUCGGAGACCGGGGAGCUGAAGUACGACAUGCGGGUGGUGUCGCACGAAGUUGAAUAUUAUAUCUUAAUGCGGGACCAGUUGUCCUUUAACUUUGCCCCGUCUAUGGACGAGUCCGUCCCGCCUAGCCCGGCUGCGGAGAUGGCUCUGAGCAUGUAUCACAGCAAUCUCUCACUCCGGGAUUCGCUGUGGACAUUCUGCGGAAAAGAGCUCCUCUCGUGGAGUGAUGUGCACGACGUCUUGCGCCGGGAGGACGUCGCGAAGCCGCUAGAGGUGCCCCUUGACUUUUAUCCUCUGUCGGUCCUACUAAACAAGGGGAUUGUGCUGGGGGUGGAAGCGGAGAUGACCCAGCGCCGUGAUGUCACCUUUUCCGUGCUGAAAUUCGCUAUCCGAACACAUCUUUUCCUCCCAUACUUCCUCCAACAUAGCCUAACGCAUGGCGACAUGCCCGCAGCGCUGUCGUUAUGCCAAUACUUCUCGCACCUCUCCUACUUUCCGCACGCGCUGGAAGUCCUGCUGCACCACGUUCUCGACGACGACGUCGACAAUGCCAGCAAGGACAGCAAACCCGAUCCCCUCCUCCCGGUCGUCAUCUCCUUCCUCCAAGCGUCACUGCCGGCCACGGUAUACCUGGACAUUGUGGUCCAGUGCACACGAAAGACAGAACUCCGAUCAUGGCGAACGCUGUUCACCUACCUCCCUCCGCCAAAGGAUCUCUUCGAGCAAGCGCUGAAGCUCAACUCGCUCAAAACGGCGGUGGGCUACCUGCUUGUGCUGCAAGCGUUCGAGGACGAAGACGACGACCACGACUCGCCGAUCGAAGACUACGUGGUGCGGCUGAUGUACCUAGCGUCGCGAAAGAACGACUGGGAGCUCUGCGGCGAGCUGGCCCGGUUCCUGAUUGCGCUUGACGGGUCGGGAGACAUGCUGCAGCGGGCCGUGAUGCGGGCGGGACUACGCGAUGGCAGUCUCCCCGGGCCAGGACUGGGGUCUGGGACGAGUGUGAAGGGACUGGGCUUGGCGAUUCGCACGCCAUCGUGGUCGUCACUAUCCCCGACGACCCCGUUAUCACCGCGUCCGACGGACGAUCCCUAGCCUACCUCCCUUCCCUUCCCUACAACUGUAUAUAGCGAGACCACACCAACAUAGACGUAUGAACUUUUGACUUUCCU